AUGUCUUCUACUGGCAUGAACAACAUGGGCAGGGUAAGCGCUUCAUUUUCAUAGUGUGACUGCGACAGGACGAUUUCAAACUCACCACUCUGCCUGAAACUUAGAGAGACCAGAGCUCAUUUUGACUUUUUAAAGCUCCUGUGAAAAACUCUCUGUCUGUGCUAAUCCUGGCACCCCAGAUGGAUGAACGGGUACCUUUGUAUGUAAAAGUGGUGUUUAUUGACAAAAGCUCUCCUGCUGUUGUGUUUAAACUGUGAAAUGUGUCACUCAUGUGAAUAUUUGCUGUUUAUUUAGUGGGCCUACCCACUCACAGCAGUUAUAGGCACUAAAAAGGACCAUUUCGGUAUUGCCAAUCCUGUUGGUGAUGGUCUCAAUUGGUUUUGAACUCCAUAGAGAAACUCAGUGUUCAUUUCAGACUGUUUCAAAACCAAGUGAAAAACCCCCACAGGGGCUUUAAGCUACGAACAGUUUUCAUAAUAAUCAGUCAAAUCAAUUGUGUAAAAAUACUGCAAUUAUUUGAGCUCCUAAUCGUGUAAUUUGUAUUUGGGCAAACAGCAUUUUCUCUAUCUCAUCCUGUUCAUUUGAACAUUUUUAAUCACUUAUUAAGAAUUUUAGCCUUGUGACACUCAAAAAACUAUUUUGGAGUGGUACACCUACCCUCCACCUGGGGUUAAAGACUGAAAAAACAACAUGCAGAGGAGUCCCUCAUCAUGGUCAUGGCAUUUUUUACUCUUAUAGCUCUUUACGGAAAAUUAGAAUAAAUUUCAGCCUGUUUCAUAACCAGCUAAAAACCCAUCACAGGAGCUUUAAAGGGCCAGAUUUUAUUUUACCUUUUUGCCUGGACUUUUUUCUGCCAGCCUCAUGGAGAACAAGAAAUAAAGUAAACACAUAAUUACAAAUGGCAGAGUACAACGAAAGGAUCAGCAGUCUAACUUUAGGAUAAAUAUUAAAACAUUAUGCCAUGGCAACCAUUGUCUUACUUUCAGCUGCAGCAGGCAGAUUUUUAAAAGUCAAAAACCUCUGAAACACAAGUGGUCCAGCUCUAUAGGACUGAGAAAAAUAACCUUUAACUUUUGGAAGUUCAAGAGCCAUAUUAGCACCUACAAAUUUUUCAGUGUUGAAAAUGGGGCUUCAUAACAGAAAGUAAUUGGGUUUUAUUGAUCCAGUGGAUGGUUGCUUCAUCUCUGCUGCAUAUCGAGAGCUCUGAAAGAGGUCCAAUAGAGUGCAUGGUUGCAUUGAUAACUUGUCUGUGCUGCCCCCAUGUGGCAUAAAAAUAGACAUGCAGGGUUAGGGCCAACUAACAAUGCUGCCCUUUCCCCUGCUUUAGUUCUGCAUUCGACAAGAAAAUUAAGCUUAAAUAUUAAAUACAUUGCUUAUUUCUCUAAUAUCACUCACAUAUACUGCUCAGUCUUUUCCUCUCAUCGACCCUAAAUUAGUGCCUGCAGGUUUAAAACUGUGUUUCAAAGAAAAGCUAUAGUGGUCAAAUCAAAGCUUUCAGGCACCAGUUUGGCUCAGUUUAUAGGGAAAGGCUACAGUCCUCAAUGCACCAAUUGGGUAUGACACGCACCAUUAAUGUCUCUUAUCUGAAAAAAAGGUAAAAGUCUAAAAUCCAAACAUGCAAAUAAUCAAAGUUUCAGCCUGACUGAAUUUGCCUGAAUAUCCAUCAAAGUUGCAUUUUACAUAAUUCAAAAUCCUCUCUUUUCCUCUCAGAUCAUCUUCUACGAGGACAGGAACUUCCAGGGCCGCUCCUACGAGUGCAUGAGCGACUGCCCGGACAUGUCCUCCUACCUGAGCAGGUGCCACUCCUGCAGGGUGGAGAAUGGUUGUUUCAUCGUGUAUGAUCGCUCCAACUACAAUGGUAACCAGCACUUCCUGAGGAGGGGCGAGUACUCUGAUUACAUGAACAUGAUGGGCAUGAACGACUGCAUCAGGUCCUGCCGCAUGAUCCCCAUGGUGAGAUCUCAUACCUCAUAAAUAUAACAUCUCUUAAAUGAUGGGGACAUAGCAAAAGUAUGAAAUCGGCCAUGUUUAACACUCUGCUCCUCCACAAAACAGCACAGGGGACCCUUCAGGAUGAGGAUCUAUGAGAGGGAGAACUUCAACGGCCAGAUGCAUGAGGUGAUGGACGACUGCGACAACGUCAUGGACCGUUACCGCAUGUCCCAGUGCAUGUCCUGCAACGUGAUGGACGGUCACUGGCUGAUGUACGAGCAGCCCCACUUCAGAGGCAGGAUGAUGUACAUGAGGCCCGGGGAGUACAGGAACUUCAUGUACAACGGCAACAACGGCAACCACGGCAAUCAUGGCAACCAUGGCAACAACGGCAACGGCAUGAGGUUCAUGAGCAUCAGGCGCAUCACCGACUCCUGCCAUUAG